UCCAGUGUCUAGUUCUUCCACGUAUUUUGACAAAUCGAGUUGGAACUUUUAGUCCGUGCAGCUCGGUCCACAUUGUGAAAUUUCUUGCCGAAGCAACGCUGUUCAACGUUGGACUUAAACUAAAAUGAUGGAGGACGACGAUAAUUUCGGAGAGAAAAAUGGAUUUUUCAAAACUUAUCAUUUGGCCGUACUGAGGAAACUUCGCAACGGCGACUUGGCCGGCUUGAAAGCCUGUUGCAAUGACGAGGAACGAUUCAUUUUCGUUCACAAUCUACCCUACGUUCAUGAAAUACCGCAAGAAAUGUCACUGGCGAUGGCCAAGUCGCUACCCAGCGGCAAAUCGGCGCCCGACGCGCAAAAGAAGCGAACGGAAGGAAACGAAUUUUUCAAGAAGAAAAAUUAUAAGCGCGCAGUGCAGCUCUACUCGGAAGCCAUCGCCAAAGCGCCCAGCAUCUUCAAAGAAAGUGAAGAACCCCAGUUAGCCAUGGCGUUCGCCAAUCGUUCGGCCGCCUUAUUCCAUCUGGAUGCUUACGCUCGAGCGCUUGUCGAUAUUGAUCAAGCGUUAGCCAACGGAUACCCAGACGAAUUACGUUACAAACUAGUCGAAAGGCAAGCUAAAUGUUUGCUGGCUCUGGGCAGGCCGACAGAGGAGAUCGCUGCAGUUUGCGAGUUGGCCGUCAAGUGCGUGAGCGAUUCACGUUUGGAUCUUGUCAAACGCCAACAGUUUGAACGAGAUAUGAAACAAUUAAUUUCCGAAUCUGCGAUACCGAAUAAAAUAAUUCCGGCUGUAAGCAUUCAAUCAGUCAGAGAUCAUGAGGAGAAACGUCUACCUGACGUCGUUGCUGGUAAGAACAUUGAACAUCCUUCAUUUUCCAAGAAGAUCCGAAUUGACGAGGACGCCGCUUUGGGACGGUAUGGCGUCGCUGAUGCGCCGAUUCGAGUUGGCGACGUGGUCGCUGUUGAACCGCCUUACGCUUCUGUUAUGAAUCCGGAGAAAUUUCCAACGCACUGCCAUCACUGCUACCGACCGCUGGAUCUUGGCGAGUUGCUACCGUGUCCAAACUGCACCAACGUGAAUUUCUGUUCUGUCACCUGCCGUUCUGAAGCGAUGGCCGCAUAUCACGCGAUCGAGUGCCCUCUUCUCAGUUACAUCGACGCGGCUGGCAUCAGUAUUACAUGCUAUUUAUCGCUGCGGAUGAUUGCGAUCCAUCCGCCCAGCUUCUUCAUGGACGUCAGGCCGUUUAUUGAAAAACCUGAGUUACAGAAGGGCGUUGCCCUAAGUGAACAGACGAAGAAGUACAUCAAGACCUGCCAAUUGGUCACUCACGAACACAUGCGCAAUAAGGAGAGCUUCUUCCACGUGACUCUGAUGGCCAAUUUCCUUCUGAAAUGUUUGAAAAUGGGCGGAUAUUUCGGAGCAAUCAAGCCGAUCGAGUUUAACUUUCCAGAACCUCUUUCAGACCAAGAGAAAUGGAUCGGUUCGUUGUUGCUAAGACAUCUUCAGCUGCUUCAGUUUAACGCACACGAAGUUUCCGAAUUGCGGAUGGAUCGCCCCGGCAGCAUGGAUGGAGCGAAAACUUUCUUUUUAGGAGCCGGUGUUUAUCCGACGGUAGCGCUUUUAAACCAUAGUUGCGAGCCAGGUGUAAUCAGGUGCUUUAUCGGCGACGUGAUGAUCGUAAGAGCCAUUAAGAGUUUCCAACGCGGCGAGAUGGUUAACGAAAAUUACGGCCCCAUUUUCACGCAAAAACGUCGCGCCGAUCGUCAACGAUCGCUCAAAGAUCGAUACUGGUUCGAUUGCCGUUGCUUACCUUGUGCGGAAAAUUGGCCGUUGAUCGGCGAGAUGACGGACGACUCUCUUCGUUUCCGCUGCCGCGAUCCUGCCUGCCGAAAGCCGCUGGUCGUUGCCGCUGACACUAUGACGCCGUUCAUCGCGUGUCCUUCGUGCAAGAAGAGCAACAAUAUUCUCAAGAGUCUGCAAAAUCUGCAAGAUACGGAAGGGUCGUUCGUUCGCGGAAGCGAGCUCUUGGAGCAAGGGAAUUUCGCCGGCGCGUUGGAAUGCUGCCUGCAGACGAUGGCCAAGUUGGACGAUAUUCUGUGCGCGCCUUAUCGUGAUUACAUCCAAUGUCAGGAAAAGGCACGAAGAUGUAUGCUGGCGCAGGGCAACAUCAUUUACGAAACCAUGCAAAGCGAACGCCGCUGAUUCAUCUACUAACGCACAAAACAGAAAAACAACAAGAUUUAAAAUAUAACAUCCUUUCCAA